ACUUUUUCCAUCUCUCCCACAUUAACCCCAUUCCUCUCUUUAGCCGUAAUCCUCUCUAUAUAUACGUGAAUUCCCCGAAAUGUUAAGUUCGUGCCAUCAGCUUUUAUAUUAGGAGAAACCACUUACAAAUCUAAGUGCGACUUCUCUUCUUCUUCCUCCUCCUAAAAACCUAAACAGAUUAUUUAAACAAAAAAAAUAAACAAGAAAAGCAUGCCUCUCUUCGACACUCACAACACAUGGGCCUUUGUCUUUGGUUUGAUGGGGAAUGUCAUCUCCUUCGCUGUGUUCCUCUCUCCUGUGCCAACGUUCUAUAGGGUUUGGAAGAAGAAGACAACAGAAGGGUUUCAGUCUCUUCCUUACGUUGUGGCUCUCUUCAGUGCGACACUUUGGCUUUACUACGCAACGCAGAAGAAAGAUGUUUUCCUGCUCGUCACCAUCAACUCUUUUGGAUGCUUCAUAGAAACUAUUUACAUCUCUAUCUUCCUUGCAUACGCACCCAAGAAAGCCCGGAUGUUGACAGUGAAGUUGCUUCUUCUGAUGAACUUUGGAGGAUUCUGUCUGAUUCUCCUUCUAUGCCAAUUCUUAGCAAAAGGAACCACACGUGCCAAGAUCAUCGGAGGAAUCUGUGUCGGAUUCUCUGUUUGUGUUUUCGCUGCUCCUCUAAGCAUAAUAAGGACAGUAAUAAAGACAAGGAGUGUAGAGUACAUGCCCUUUAGCUUGUCCUUGACCCUCACAAUCAGUGCUGUCGUAUGGCUCCUUUAUGGUCUUGCUCUCAAGGACAUCUAUGUUGCUUUCCCUAAUGUGCUUGGUUUUGCUCUCGGUGCACUCCAAAUGAUACUCUACGUGGUCUACAAAUACUGUAAAACGCCGCCGCAUCUAGGAGAGAAAGAAGUGGAAGCCGCUAAGUUGCCUGAGGUGAGCCUCGAUAUCCUGAAGCUAGGCACAGUGUCAUCCCCUGAGGUUCGUCAAGCGAACAAGUGUACUUGCGGAAAUGAUCGGAGGCCUGAGGUUGAAGAUGGACAAAACGCUAAAAACGGCAAGCAGUCCUCUUCCGCAUCACCUACAUGAAAGUAAACAACCUUGUUGACUGCAAUGUUCACUUUUACCCCAACUUCAUAUACCAACCACCAUAUGUACCCUUUAGCUGUCGUACUUUUCUGAGUUUUUUUUAUUAUGUGUGCCAAGUAGAGUAUUAAUUAUCCGGAAUAAUAUAUAUGCAUUUUCGGAUGUUAUAUAUGUUUUUCUAGAAUUAAGUUCUCCACUUCUUUAUAAAUUUUAUGUAAUUACCUAUUGGGGAUAUGUAUAUUUCCUAUUUUCACAUUUAACAAAAACUAUCAAAUUUAUCUA